CACGAUAGAUGCGUAUUGUCAUAGAUAUUAUUCUAAAGAAGUAAAUCGAAAGCGUAAAAAGAAACGGUUGAAACAUUGAUUUGAUGACGGACGAGAAAUCGUCUGCUUAAUUUGUGAAAGAUUAUUUUAUAGAAACAUUUGUUUAAGUAACCGAAAAUGCCGGACCAUUUAGGAGAUGAUAUGCGUAAACUCAAGGAUGCGCCAGAAGAACCAGAAAAAGAGAUCAAAUCGCUUGACGAAGGAGAUAUAGCACUUCUAAAAUCAUAUGGCCAGGGACAAUAUACCAAAAUCAUCAAGGAGGUCGAAGAAGGUAUACAGACUGUGAUGAAGAGGGUGAAUGAACUGACUGGAAUUAAGGAAUCUGACACUGGUUUAGCCCCUCCAGCCCUUUGGGAUCUUGCAGCGGACAAGCAAACACUUCAGAAUGAACAACCCUUACAGGUAGCAAGAUGCACAAAAAUCAUCAAUGCGGACUCAAAUGAUCCAAAGUACAUAAUCAAUGUGAAGCAGUUUGCCAAGUUCGUUGUGGAUCUCGCAGACUCUGUGGCUCCUACUGAUAUCGAGGAAGGCAUGAGGGUUGGUGUGGACCGCAACAAGUAUCAGAUUCAUAUUCCGUUGCCACCGAAGAUCGACCCAACGGUAACGAUGAUGCAGGUUGAAGAGAAGCCCGAUGUGACCUACAGCGAUGUGGGAGGCUGCAAGGAACAGAUUGAGAAGCUCAGGGAAGUUGUGGAGACUCCAUUGUUGCAUCCUGAGAAGUUCGUGAAGCUGGGUAUUGAGCCUCCUAAGGGUGUGUUGUUGUUCGGCCCCCCCGGUACCGGCAAGACGUUGUGCGCGAGAGCAGUCGCCAACAGAACUGAUGCUUGCUUCAUCAGAGUUAUUGGUUCGGAGUUGGUACAGAAGUACGUGGGAGAGGGGGCUCGUAUGGUGCGCGAGUUGUUUGAGAUGGCUCGUAGCAAGAAGGCCUGUCUUAUAUUCUUUGAUGAAAUUGAUGCCAUCGGUGGUGCUAGGUUCGACGACGGCGCUGGUGGCGACAAUGAGGUCCAGAGAACUAUGUUGGAACUCAUCAACCAGCUCGACGGUUUCGACCCUCGUGGUAACAUCAAGGUAUUGAUGGCCACGAACAGACCAGAUACCCUCGACCCUGCCCUCAUGCGUCCAGGUCGUCUGGAUCGUAAGGUGGAGUUCGGUCUGCCAGACCUGGAGGGCAGAGCUCACAUCUUUAGGAUCCACGCCAGGUCUAUGAGCGUAGAGAGAGACAUCAGAUUCGAUCUGCUGGCUCGAUUGUGUCCUAAUUCUACUGGUGCUGAAAUUAGGUCGGUAUGCACUGAAGCGGGUAUGUUCGCGAUCCGCGCCCGCCGCAAGGUCGCCACCGAGAAGGACUUCUUGGAGGCAGUCAACAAAGUCAUCAAGUCAUACGCCAAGUUCUCGGCGACACCACGCUACAUGACUUACAACUAAAUCAAUGCCUUAUACAUUAGUAUUUGAGUGCAUUUUCCAUUGUAACAAUCACUGGUUCUUCCGCCAUUUUGAUUUUCCAAUGGAAUGCAUUUGAAUUGUAAUUGUAACGGAUUUUCAUUGUGCACACAAUUUGGUUAGGUACAAAUUUGUGAACAAUGUGUUUCUGUAACUUACUUAGAUAUUGUAUUUGAAUAAUUUCUAAUAAAAUUUAUUGUAACAUUU